UUUGUGGAGCAGACUAACACAUGCACAUGGUUAACUGGUGCUCAUUUGCACACGAGCUGCCUGUGAGUUCCCCUUCUUGUGUUGUUGUUAAAAGAGAACUUAAAUCUUUCUCAGAGUUUCCCUGAGCAUUCGACUCCUGCGUCACCGUCAUCGCAGAGCUCCAUUUUUUUUCCGGCCAAACGCUCAUUUCCUUAAGGGGAAGCGAACAAAUAGUGGGGGUGGUUCUCCGGGUCGAUAUCUUUAAUUGCUCCCGGGUCGUGUCGAUACCUCCCAGUGUUACCGCUCCAUCACGAGCCACUGGGAGAGGGGGUUGCCCGGGAAACGGCCGCAUGGCAACAGGAUCCGAGCCUGGGGGUUGUCUGCUUCGAGGUCUGCUCCCAUUUCACAGCGCGUCUCCUCCUCACUAGAUGGUGUGCGAGCCACUGGAGAGCUCACUUCAGCAGAGUGGUGGUGUGGGCUCCGCAGCAUCCGGACCGAACUGAACCGAAGGGAAAGUGCGCGGCGGAGCGUUUUUCUUCCACCGGGGCUGCAGAGGAGGGAGAAGUGUGGGAAUUAAAACGCGCCGGGUUCUCGUCGAGGGUUUUGUUUUUUCUUUUCUUUUCUAAAGCGAACCUGCCUCCCCCCACCCCUCCACCUGCUCCACACGGGUUUGUUUAGUUUUUUUUUAAGCAGACUUACUUGGGCUGCGAUGGACAUAAUGACUGCGGUGCAGGACGCGUGUGUGUCCGGUCAGUGGCUCACUGCGAUCAUCCUCAGCCUGUGCUGCUUCCUGCCGUCCUGUCUGCCCGCCGGACAAACUGUGGACUAUUCUUCGGUGGAGAAUGUGGUCAGCAGACAAGGCGACACGGCUCUGCUCAGGUGCUACCUGUUGGAUGGAAUCUCUAAAGGAGCCUGGCUGAACCGCUCAAGCAUCAUAUUCGCAGGGAAUGACAAGUGGUCUGUGGACCCACGAGUGUCCAUCGUGUCCAGUGUGGGCGACAAACAUGAGUACAGCCUUCAAAUACAGAGAGUGGAUGUAACCGACGACGGCCAGUACACAUGCUCUAUUCAGAGUGAGCGCAACCCACGACCAAAGCUCCUCAACCUCAUUGUAAAAGUUCCUCCCAAGAUAUAUGACAUUUCGUCCGACAUCACGGUAAACGAGGGCAGCAACGUGUCGCUCAUCUGCACAGCCAGUGGGAAACCUGAACCAACCCUUUCCUGGAGACAUAUCACCCCAUUAGCCAAGAAGUAUGACAGUGGCGAAUAUCUUAACAUCACUAGCAUCACAAGGGACCAGGCUGGAGACUACGAAUGCAGCGCUCUAAAUGACAUCGCCUCUCCUGACACCAAAACAGUAAAAGUCACAGUCAACUUUGCCCCAUCUAUCCAUGAGAUGAAAAGCCAUGGAGUUGGUCUGGGGCGCACAGCUCUGCUCAGGUGCGAGGCGGCUGCUGUGCCUUCUCCAACAUUUGAGUGGUACAAGGGUGAGAAAAGGAUUAUCAAAGGUCAAGGCAUCGACAUCAAGAGCCCCAGCUCCAGAUCAGUCCUCACAGUGACCAACAUGACAGAGGAUCGUUACGGGAACUACACAUGUGUCGCCUCCAACAAGCUCGGGACGGCUAACGCCAGUGUGCCUCUCAUUCCAAUUAUUGAACCCACCACCACUAGUGCUGUCUCAAGCCCAGCGCCCAACACCGCACCCUACGGGACAGGAAGUGCACACAUCCUGCUGGCCUGCCGAUACCUGGUCCUGGCGCUCUCCUCCUUCAUCAGCGUGUACUAGGCCAGCGCCAACACAAUGACUGUCCAGAGCCUUUAUCAAUCCUAUCUGACAUUGCUGAUGGCUGGAAUUCAAUCUGGUACAGUUUCUUGAAAAGCAGUGAGGGGGAAAUAAUCAGCAUUUCUUUGUGUGGGGGUUUUAUUGGGGGUGAAAUUUCUGUUGUGUAAAUACUUUGAUGUUUUUUUUAUUAUUAUUAUUAUUAUCAUUUUCUCUCCUUUUUUCAUAUUUUCUUUUCUGAUUGAUGGACCACCUUGUGAAUCAGUGC